AUGGACAGUAGCUGCCACAACGCUACGGCCAAAAUGCUAGCGACGGCUCCGGCCCGGGGCAACAUGAUGAACACGUCCAAACCCUUGGCUUUCUCCAUCGAGCGAAUCAUGGCACGCACCCCCGAGCCCAAGGCCCUGCCUGUCCCCCACUUUCUGCAGGGAGCCGUGCCCAAGGGGGACCCCAAGCAUCCUCUCCAUCUGAACUCGUCGAUCCCCUGCAUGAUUCCCUUCGUGCCUGUGGCGUACGACACGAGCCCCAAAGCAGGACUGACGGGCUCCGAGCCGCGGAAGGCGAGUCCCGAGGCGCCCGCGGCCGCACCGGCCGCGCCCGCGUUCAGCUGCAGUGACUUGCUCAACUGCGCGCUGAGUCUCAAGGGCGACCUGGCCCGCGAAGCGCUGCCGCUGCAGCAGUACAAGCUGGUAAGGCCGCGUGUGGUCAACCAUUCCUCCUUCCACGCCAUGGGAGCCCUGUGCUACCUGAAUCGAGGGGACGGCCCGUGCCACCCGGCUGCCGGCGUGAACAUCCACCCCGUGGCGUCCUACUUCCUCAGUUCCCCCUUGCACCCCCAGCCAAAAACGUAUUUAGCCGAAAGGAAUAAACUGGUGGUCCCGGCGAUGGAGAAAUACCCCUCCGGGGUAGCCUUCAAAGAUUUGUCCCAGGCUCAGCUGCAGCAUUAUAUGAAAGAAAGCGCCCAGCUUUUGUCGGAAAAAAUCGCUUUCAAAACCUCAGACUUCAGUCGCGGCUCUCCUAAUUCCAAGCCCAAAGUUUUCACUUGCGAAGUGUGUGGAAAGGUCUUUAACGCGCACUAUAACUUAACCCGCCACAUGCCGGUGCACACGGGAGCCAGACCCUUCGUUUGCAAAGUGUGUGGAAAAGGCUUUCGGCAAGCCAGCACCCUGUGCAGGCACAAGAUUAUUCACACCCAGGAAAAACCUCACAAAUGUAACCAGUGUGGCAAAGCAUUUAAUCGAAGUUCCACUUUAAACACGCAUACCCGAAUACACGCAGGCUACAAACCAUUUGUGUGUGAAUUCUGUGGCAAAGGAUUUCAUCAGAAAGGGAAUUACAAAAACCACAAGUUGACCCACAGCGGGGAGAAGCAGUUCAAGUGCAAUAUCUGCAACAAGGCUUUCCACCAGGUCUACAACCUCACCUUCCACAUGCACACGCACAACGACAAGAAGCCCUUCACGUGCCCCACGUGCGGCAAGGGCUUCUGCAGGAACUUUGACCUCAAGAAGCACGUCCGCAAACUUCACGACAACAGCCUGGGGCUGGCGCGCUCGGCCGCGGGGGAGCCGGGCACCGACCCGCCGUCCUCUCUACAGCAGCAGCCUAGCGCGGUGCUGCCGCCUCUGCCGCCGCCGCUGCCACCCCCUGGAUCCCUGCAAUCUGGCCUCCACCAGGGCCAUCAGUGA